UUGUCGAAAGGGCUUUGGGGAGAGAGGGAUCGACAGCGAGCGAGCGGCCGAGCAAGGGCGACCGAAGUAACCAAGACCUCUCUCUUUCUUUCUCUCGAUCUCAGCGGUUAGAUCCGAUCGGCGAUGAGCCUCUUUGGUCUCGGCCGGAGCUCAAAAUCUAGAAGAGAUUUUGGUAGAGGGUGAUACUUGUUCUGUUGACACCUCUGCUGGAUUGUUUUUCUGAAUUUUUGGAUCGGUGGUUUUGAUCACCUCAAUUAAAAGUUAAAACGGUGGAAGUGUUGCUGAUCCUUGUGCGGAUUUGGAACCAAAGGACAUUCCGGCCAAAAAAGAGUGCACCAUCUGGUAGUAAGGGUGCCCAACUCAGAAAGCAUAUUGAUGCUACUUUGGGCAGUGGAAACCUCAGGGAAGCAGUAAGGCUUCCUCCAGGGGAGGAUGCCAAUGAGUGGCUUGCCGUCAAUACUUUGGAUUUCUUCAACCAGGUGAAUCUGCUCUAUGGCACGCUAACAGAGUUUUGCACACCUGAUAACUGUCCAACAAUGACUGCUGGGCCAAAGUAUGAGUAUAGGUGGGCUGAUGGUGUGCACAUAAAGAAGCCCAUAGAAGUGUCUGCACCAAAAUAUGUUGAGUAUCUGAUGGGCUGGAUUGAAGCUCAACUUGAUGACGAAUCCAUAUUCCCUCAAAAGCUUGGAGCUCCUUUUCCUCCAAAUUUUAGAGAAAUUGUAAAGACUAUUUUCAAGCGUUUAUUCCGUGUUUAUGCCCACAUAUACCACUCUCAUUUUCAGAAGAUAGUCAGUCUCAAGGAAGAGGCUCACCUUAACACCUGCUUCAAGCAUUUCAUUCUGUUUACACAUGAGUUUGGCUUGAUUGACAAAAAGGAGCUUGGUCCACUUCAAGAGCUCAUAGAAUCUAUAAUCGUUCCCUAUUAAUACUCUUGACUGUAUAUUUGAAGACAUGUUUGUAGUGCCUUCACUAAUCUUGCCCACCGCCUUGGAAACAAGGUGGUGUCUGCAACCUUCGUGUUGUAAUUUCAGGAUGCACUGGCUAGCUAUGAUGGGAGUUUGGGUUGCAUUACUUUUAAAUAAAAUGCUAAUUCCUGGUAUAGGUUUAGCUUCCAUG